AUUUGCAUCGCGCUUCUCUAUCGCAACGCAAGCGCGGAAAUGACGGGCAUCCACGAUUCAGCCCAUCUUGCACAACAAGCGCGGCUGCAAGGCAUGUCCUGGUUUCGAUCCCGUCAUACCUCCGUUCGUGCGGUGCCCCUUGUGCCACCUUCGGCCUGGAAGUCUGGGACACCUAUCGAUCGACGGUCGGUUCAUCUGGAGAUCGAUCUACAAUCUGCUUACCAAAGUUGAGAAUCAUCUACUUCUUCUCUGCAGGAGCCUCACCCCGCAGCAUGCACCUGUACCAGGGGAACGGCAACACAGCAACGGCGUGAUGGACUACGAAUACGUGGUGGCCGAAAACCGAAAAGCAGUCGCGCCAGCCGAGCCACAAUGGCUAUGGUCUCUCUCAGCUGAUUAUUCAAGGACACCUUCUCACUGAUUUAGCGGGAGGAGGAGGAGUUUGCGCCCGUCCGGAUAUCUCCUCACUAUCGAAGGCUCCUGCUGUCAUCAAUUAUGGCUGACGAGGAGCCACUUCUUAGUAGAGCACCAUCAUAUUGGAUCAGCUAACUUGGCGUCAGCCACACAACAUAGCCCAAAACACGCGGUGGCAUUCUUUACCUGUCUGCUCAGCAAAUACGGUUCAGCUAUUCUCGGCUGACCGUCUUACUCGCUACAGUCGAACCCCAAGUUUGGGAAGGGAGACGCUUGUGAGAAGAGGUGGACAUGUCGCGGGCGGAAUCUUCCUUUCUGACGCUCUCGGCCGAACUCGAGAAAUUCAAGAAGAAAACCCAUGGUUUCCCCCCUUAUGCUCCCGUUGGCAUCGUACAUGAACCCCCCACAUCAUCUCCGGCUAACUGCAGCAACGGUCAAGACCCUCUUUGAUGACCAGGUUCCUAGGCCACAAAAAGCGGAUAGAAGAACCAAAAAAAGAGGUGUCGGCAUCGGCCAUACCUAUCGUGGAGCCGUCGGUACCUGUGUACAGCCUUGGUAGACCUUUAUGGUCGCAUUCCGCGGCCCAGCUUACACAUUGGGCCUCGCGACGUUGCUUACGACUGCUACAUAGUCCCUGGUGGUCGAAUCAGUUCAUUCUUCAUUGGGGUCGCAAGCUGGCAUCGACAGGAAAAACAAUAACAACAGCAACAAUAACAGAAGAUACAGCAGAUAGCAUCCAACUGUUCACAGCCGCGAACAUCAUCAACGAUUGUUACUCUGUAUCGAUAAUCGUACAGUCUCCCGCAUCAACAUACGGCACGCGACAUCCCGUGAGACUCGGCGCGCCCUGCCACCAAGGUCUAGGUCCCCCCAGCACCAGAAAGUAAUUGCGAUUUCUCAGCCAGCGGAGACCACCCCUGCGAACCAACGACCCGCGCCGAAAGCCAAGGCCCACGUUCAAAAUCCUCUUGGGUCCUCGAUCAAUUGCCCCGUCCUUCUAGCUCAACUCCAAAACUUCAUCAUCGUGAAGGAAAAUUGAGAGGGUAAAGGGCUUCACCACUCCCCCUUUUCUCCCCCUCAAUCCCAGCCGGCAUCAAUCAUCCCCCCGGCAGAUCACGAUGUUCGCUGCAUUCCGCUUUGGGAGGGAUCUUUGGGAUCCUUCUCACCGCUUCGAGACCUCAUGGCUACUUUCUCCCUAUCUGUUGGCUGCGUGCCGAGCGCUAAUUAGUCUGUACAUAUUUGUCGUCCGCUUCUUCGUCAUCGGUUGGACCUGUACUCACGCCGAAGAUGGUGGAUGCAAGGUCGUCGGCCAGAGCUUUUCCUACUUCACUGUUCUGACCUACUGGGGACUCGCAUUUUACUUCCUCAUCUCGGCCAUCCACACCUUCACGUACGCGCACUCUGGAACCCCGCUGCUCGACCGCUUCCCGCGACCCCUCCAGGCCCUGCACGCCUUCUACUAUAGCACCAUCGUCACCUACCCCUUCAUCGUGACCAUCGUCUACUGGGCCAUCAUCUACUCAGCCCCCUGGUACACCGAGCAAUUCGAGGCCUUUAGCAACAUCUCCCAGCACGGCCUCAACUCGGCUUUUGCCCUCUUCGAGAUCGUCAUCCCGCGCACCAGCGCCGCCCAGCUCGAGUGGGUGCACAUGCUCUGGCUCAUCAUCGUCCUCGCCCUGUACCUCGCGCUCGCCUACGUCACAUACUACACACAGGGCUUCUACACCUACGACUUCCUCAACAUCGACAAGAACGGCAGUGGCAAGGUGGCGGCGUACAUUAUCGGCAUCGCGGUGGCCGGUAUCGUCUUUUAUCUCAUUGCAAAGGGCCUCAUCUGGUUGAGGGAGUGGAUCACGGAGAAGAAGCUGGGCAUGGACGGCAAGUUUGCCCAGCAGCGCUUCCGCAACUACGAUACGGAGCUGGGCACCAUCACCUCCAAGCACUGAGACCGGAAAUAAAGUCAGAAAGAGGGAGCGAAAAGGAGGAGGGUAAAAGGAACCUAAGCGCACGCCCAUUUUAAUCGACGGAAGACGCAGACACGGUGACUUAUAUGUAUGUAUUUAUGUAUAAAGAGGGAGAGGCAAGGAGAAGGAGUCUGGACACGGUUUUGGGAGCAGGCACUGCAUUGUUAUUAUACCCCGGAGGGACCUCAACUAAUUUUCGUCCCCUCCUUGUCAUGAGUAGCAUCACAACGUCGGGAGGCGCAAAGAAGGAAGGGGGAGCGAGUUGCAUCAAGUAAUAGUACAGCAUGAUAACUGUCUAGUAUCAUAAUACUAAACAUUUAAAAAUCGCUAUUCAAACAGGUAAUUUUGCUACAAACGUUUUGGGUGACAAAUGACGGUGCACACCCGUCAACACUUUAGUGAAAUG